CUUAAGUUAGCGUCCAUUGCGUUCGAUUGCUGAACGAUCAAGCAUUCGUUGUGCCAUCAUCUUAUGGGCCUCUAGAACAUUGAGAUUUCGUAGAUUAGUAUAUCACUCGUCAUGUCAGCUGCUUUUGAGGAUGAUGUAGAACCUCUAGACGAACCUUUGUCAAGGGGCAGAGUUGGUCAAAAUCAAAGUGGAAAUGCAACUGCAAGUGGAUCUAGAAUUCCAACUCCGGAACCAGAUGAAGACUUAGACGUAACUGAUGGAAAGCAAAAUAUGUGGUUAGUCAAAGUACCAAGAUUCUUGAUCGAAGGUUGGACAAAGGUUGAUGAAGUGGACAAAAGACUGGGUACCGUACGGGUGUACGAUGCAGAUCAUAAAGGCUAUCAGAGAAUGGAAUUGCAUCUACCACAAGAACCUGAACCUGCAUUCCCUUUACCGCCAUCGCAUCCAUAUCUGCAAACCCACUACCCUAGAACGUUCGAUAUGCGCUUGACAAGCGAACAGAAUGGUGUUCGUGUGAGAAACUUGUACGCAUUCAAAGAACGUCUGGAGGGAGGUGAUGAAGAUGACGAUGACGACGAUGAUGAUCUAGAUUCAGGAGCAGAGGAUAGCAAGGGUAAAGGUAGAGCUGGCAGUGCAUCUCUGCAAGGUAGAAGAAAAGGCAGAAGGUUGGUUGCAAUGGUAGGCAAGAUUGCCAAUGAAGCAUCAGUCAAGCCACAAGUUGCAACACCUAUCAUGCGUAUCGGUGGAGGAGCGGCUGCGGGGAUCACGCCUGAGUAUCGUGCAGUGUUGCGUAAAAGAAGGAUGGAAGCACAAAAGCCGAAACGAAGUGUUAAAACUUUGGACGAAAGCGACAAAGCACGAACGAAUAUGUUGGCAAGUGGUGUAUCAGCACACACGAGCAAGAACCCAAAGACAUCUUUUAUUGCUGGCGUUGGAGCACCGGUAAACACUGGUAGAAAACAACCUGGGACUACAACAGAACGAUUUGCACGUUUGCCGAGGAACGAAUUGUUGGAUAUGUUGUUCGAGUUGUAUGACCAAUUUCCGUAUUGGUCUAUCAAAGGCUUACGAUCCAGAGUUCAACAACCCGAGGUGUAUUUGCGAGAAGUUUUACAGUCGAUCGCUAAUUUACACAGUCGAGGACCUUAUGCGGGCAAUUGGAGUUUGAAACCAGAAUAUCUAGAAAUGCGUAAACAGCAAGAACGUGAAAACCAAUCCAAUGCUGCUGCUAGUGCUGCACUUGCAGGUCCGAUUGGUACUGCAUCGACGGAGCCAUCGUCUUCCAUCGGUGGACCUAGCCAACAAAAUGCUGCUGGUGACGGAGAUGCAAAGGUCAAGGAAGAGGAAGGAGACGACGAGGAUGACGAGGAAGAUAUGGAGAUGGAAGAUGUAGAAUGAAGAGACUCUGACCGAAACUGAUAGCACAUAUUCUUUGUACAAAAAGUCUUUGUAACAGUCACACAAUAUAAUCCCUAAGAGAAUUUUGAGUAUAGAAAAGAAAGAGUAAAGAAUGAAUCGGUUUCUCACAGUGACAGUUUCGUCCGUCUUCGUUGCGGGCAAAGCCUCCUCGCAGAUAAUGAGAAGAUUAUAUUGCUAAUAAAUGUUGUACGUAAAGCUACAUGAUACAGUAAUGCUGAUAAAUGAUUUAAAUACUAUCUGAGUUUGUUUAUGCACUUUCUUCAAUAGGUCGGAACGAAAUCACGUCCAUAGCAGUCUUUCCAUUUCGUUUACACAAAACGACGCAUUUGUCGUCUCUGAACGAAACUUUCCACACUUGAUCGCUUGCUUCACACAAUUCACGAACAAACUCGCCCGUUCUGAAGUUCCAAAGCUUCACUUUUCCAUCAUUUCCACCCGUUA